UUUACCAUUGCAGCUGAUCAAUUAUUGCAGACCGUCGAUCAGCCAACUGAUAUAGAUGUGAAGCACGUACAUGAAGUGGAUGUAACUCUGGAUGUGGACACCGCUCACCCUAACCUACUGAUAGAUGGGAAAACAGUACGCUGGAUAAAGGAAACACCACAGAGACCUUGUAGUGAUAAGAUGUUUGAUGAGGAUCCCUAUGUGUUGGGCAUUAUGGGCCGUGCUUGGAGGACCUACUGGGAGGUGAAUGUAGAGAAGAAGGAUGACUGGGUACUUGGUGUUACCAAGGCAACAGCUAACAGGAAGGGACAGUUGGUUCUCAGCCCUGCCAAUGGCUUCUGGGUAAUCAGGCUGUCCAAUGGGGAAAGACUGAAAGCCAUGGAUGAUAAGGAACAUGUUCUUGACAAAAAUAUUCCAGAUAAAGUUGGGAUCUAUCUGGAGUACAAUGAAAAGAAGGUGACUUUCCUUAAUGCAGAAGAUGCUUCACACCUCUACUCGUUUAUCAACGGACCAAGUUAUGAGGAUGAGGUCCGCCCACUUUUCUCACCCUGGAACAAUGAUACAGAUCCAAUCACAAUGUUGUCCGUUGAAAGUAAAAAAUCAAAAUAAUCUAAAGCAUUAAGGAUCACCUCUACAUCUGUCAAUAGGCUACUUUAUUGUGUUGGAGAGCUAAACUUGAGUGGUCUUAACUACACUAAUGAUGGUCAAUCACUAAUGAUUGUCACUUCAGUAAUAUUUACACAUUUCCUUGGAGUUCUUUA